CCGAGUGAGAGGAGUGGAAAGUGGGGAGAGAAAACAGAGGAGUUCUCUUCAUUCGACUAUUCCAUUGCUCUGUUUCUUCCUUCCUUUCGGACGGAGAGAAAACAGAGAGGAGAGAGAUUACGUCAAUGGCGGCCUUCUCAUUCACCUUAACCCCACCCCUCUCCAAACCCUCCCCCUCCUCUCUCUCAUGGACCCUCUUCUCUCUCUCCUCCCCCACCCCUCCUCACUUCCCACCAAAACCCCUACGCAAAACCCUCGUCGUAUUCUCCUCCCUCAACGCGAAGCCGACGAUCCUCGUGGCCGAAAAACUCGGCUCGGCCGGAAUCGAGCUCCUCAAGACCUUCGCCAACGUGGACUGCUCCUACGACAUGACCACCGAAGACCUCUGCGCCAAGAUCUCCCUCUGCGACGCCCUAAUCGUCCGGAGCGGCACCAAGGUCACCCGCCAGGUCUUUGAGUCCUCCGCCGGCCGACUCAAGGUUGUUGGACGCGCCGGCGUCGGGAUUGACAACGUUGACCUGGCCGCGGCGACCGAGCACGGGUGCCUCGUCGUGAAUGCUCCCACGGCGAACACCAUCGCCGCCGCGGAGCAUGGGAUCGCUCUGCUUACUGCCAUGGCCAGGAAUAUUGCUCUGGCAUCCCCCGAUGUUAAAGCUGGGAAAUGGCAAAGGAGCAAAUAUGUUGGUGUGUCACUAGUAGGGAAAACACUCGCUUUAAUGGGAUUUGGAAAAGUUGGAUCAGAAGUUGCACGGCGUGCCAAGGGACUGGGUAUGCAUGUCAUUGCAUAUGACCCAUAUGCCCCUGCAGACCGUGCUCGUGCAAUAGGUGUGGAGUUAGUCUCAUUGGAUGAAGCCUUUUCGACCGCUGAUUUUAUCUCUCUCCACAUGCCUCUUACUGCUACUACGUCCAAGAUUCUCAAUGAUUAUGCCUUCUCGAAAAUGAAGAAAGGUGUUCGUAUUGUCAAUGUUGCUCGUGGUGGUGUGAUUGAUGAGGAAGCUCUACUGAGAGCCCUCAAUUCGGGGAUUGUGGCACAGGCCGCAUUGGAUGUAUUGACUGAAGAACCUCCACCUAAAGACAAUAUGUUAGUGCUUCAUGAAAAUGUUACUGUAACUCCUCAUCUCGGAGCCAGCACCUUCGAAGCUCAGGAAGGGGUGGCCAUUGAAAUAGCUGAAGCAGUUGUGGGUGCUUUGAAAGGGGAACUUGCUGCCACUGCAGUUAAUGCACCCAUGGUUCCUGCCGAGGUUUUGGCUGAGCUUGCUCCAUUUGUCCUGCUUGCGGAAAAGCUUGGCAGGCUAGCUGUGCAGCUGGUUGCCGGAGGAGGUGGUGUGCAAUCUGUGAAAAUUACUUACGCUUCCGCUAGGGGUCCAGAUGAUCUUGACACUAGGUUACUCCGUGCCAUGGUUACCAAAGGUCUGAUUGAGCCUAUUUCUAGCGUCUUUGUGAACUUGGUAAAUGCUGACUUUACGGCCAAACAAAGAGGUCUGAAAAUAGCAGAAGAGCGGAUAGUGUUGGAUGGUUCACCUGAAAAACCACUCGAAUUUAUCCAACUUCAACUUGCAAAUGUCGAGUCGAAAUUCGCCGGUGCUCUUUCGGAUUUAGGUGAGAUAAAAGUGCAAGGAAUGGUGAAAGAAGGGUUACCCCAUUUGACGAUGGUGGGGUCAUUUGGAGUGGAUGUGAGUUUGGAAGGAAGUCUCAUACUCUGUAAGCAAGUAGAUCAGCCGGGCAUUAUUGGAAAGGUGGGGAGCAUUCUCGGAGAGGGGAAUGUGAAUGUCAACUUCAUGAGUGUAGGGAGGAUAGCGCCGCAGAAACAAGCAGUCAUGACAAUAGGUGUGGACGAGGAACCUGAUACAGAAACACUGAAGAAAAUUGGGGAGAUCAAGGCCAUUGAGGAAUUUGUUUUCCUUAAGUUAUAGCUGGGUCCAAACUCGGGUACGAGUAUCGAUUGUUGUUGGCAAACGUCAGAAUUUUCUAAACUUCAAUUUUCAGAUGUUCAGAUAUGUAUCCAAAAGUUUGGUAUGAAUACAGUAUGGAUACAGGAACACAUCUUAUUUGUAUUGCUUUAAAGACAAUUUGUUUGGGUUAUGCGGUUAUGAAUCUUUUAGAAA